UUCCGCUUACCUCUUCAGCGCGUUGACAUCGGGUAGAAAUUUACGAGAAAGGUUUUUGUUUUGUUUUGAUAGUUAUGUACUUGUCAUUUAUAUACACCUAUUUAGUCUCUGUUACCAUUUAAAACAAUCGUAUGCUAACAUGUAAUGGAGACGCUAUUGCUCACUGAUAGUUUUGGUUGUGCGUUAAACUACGUACAACAUUUUUAAAGUCCAGUUUGUUUCGAAUAUAAUAAUAUUGUGUUUUUAUUGUGUACUUGAUGUCCGGCGUAUGAAAUUGAGGUCAGGUCAGAUUUUCAGGUUUGUUGACCUGAAUCAAGGACGCAUUUUGGAUUCACUGCUCUGAGGUUCAAAGACAGCAGGGUAAGUCUCUGUACGUCAGAGUGAGUUUACAGACUGUCCGAACUUGGGAGUUGUUGAAAUCCAAACAUCAUUUGCUGCAGACAGUGCUUGUUAAGCAAUGCCCUAUGAGUUUGCUGCUCUCCAGAACCAUGGCAUGGAUCUCUAAUGGCAAAACACAUAUAGAACUCAUCACUCACUUAAGAGAUCAUGAAGUUAUUCGCAGUGACAGAGUGUUUAAUGCCAUGCUUGCCACUGAUAGAGGGAUUUAUUCCAGAGACCACCCUUAUGCUGAUUCUCCCCAGUCCAUAGGAUACAAGGCUACAAUCAGUGCCCCUCAUAUGCAUGCACAUGCUCUGGAGGUCCUCAGUGACAAGUUAACAGAAGGAGCUUCAGCCUUGGAUGUGGGUUCAGGAAGUGGAUAUCUCACUGCAUGCUUUGCCAGAUUGGUAAGACCCUCUGGAAAAGUAGUGGGAAUUGACCACAUAGAUGAGCUGGUGCAAGCCUCUGUGAGAAAUGUCCAGGCGGAUGAUCCAGAAUUGCUUUCCUCUGGACUAAUUAAAUUAGUGGUGGGGGAUGGACGGUUGGGUUAUCCUGAUGAAGCCCCCUAUGAUGCUAUUCAUGUUGGAGCAGCUUCUCCUACACUCCCUAAAGCUCUCCUGGAACAGUUGAAACCAGGUGGGAGACUUAUUAUGCCUGUGGGCCCAGAGGGUGGAAACCAAGUUCUGGAGCAGUAUGACCGUCAAAGCGAUAGUACUUUCCUCAGGAAAGCACUGAUGGGUGUGAUUUACGUCCCACUGACAGACAAGCACCACCAGUGGCCAAGUGAUGGGCUGUGAUUGCAGUAUGGAUGCCCCUGCAGGAGAUGGUGCUGGUGGUGCGGUUCAGAAAGCCCUUAGGGCUGAGGGACUGCUCUCAUCCCAUCUCCAUCUGCUGCCUAGCAACAUAAUCUUCUAGAUCAUUCUGAUUCUUGACUUAAAACUGAAGUUCAACUGCAGUAACUGCUAGAGGACUGAGGUGUCUCUUCACUUAAACUGUGUAAGCAAGAACUUCCAUAUCUAAGGCUUGUAAACUCUGAAUGCUUCAUAAGAGGGCGUGCUAUGCUUUAACAUACUAUACAGCAAGAAGCAAUCACAAUAGAGUACAGUUAUAUGUGGAAAUCUAACUGCUACCAUGCUACUUUUGAUGAAUUAUUUUGAUGUGACAUUACAAAGCUAUAUGCCAAGAUUUAAAUAAAAUGGAAACUAAAAUACGUUUAGCUGUUGAAAUGAAAAAUGAAUUAAAAUAAAAACGUAUUCUCUUUCUUUUGUAAUCUGUGCAAUAUUAAAAAAAAGUUACUGUUGUCUAAUCAAUUGUGUGAUUUUAAAUUUGAUUUUAAUGAAUCUACUUGUUAAAUGUACACAAUUAAAUGUAAACAUAAUAUU